AGAGGGGCAGAUGGAACAGACAUAAAAUGUGGGAUCAUUGGAGAGAUUGGAUGCUCAUGGCCACUGACUGAUAGUGAAAAGAAAGUUCUUCAAGCAACAGCCGAGGCUCAGGCACAGCUUGGAUGCCCAGUGAAUAUCCAUCCUGGCAGAAAUAGCGAUGCUCCCUUCCAGAUUGUGCGAAUUUUGCAGGAGGCUGGAGCCAAUGUGUCCCAAAACUGUGAUGUCUCACCUGGAUAGGACCAUCUUUGAUGAGAAAAAACUGCUGGAGUUUGCGGAGCUUGGAUCGUAUCUGGAAUAUGAUUUGUUUGGAACGGAACUGCUGAAUUACCAGUUUAACACCUCUGUGGAUAUGCCGAGCGAUAACGACAGGAUCAAAACAUUGAGGUCUUUGAUCAGUCAAGGUUAUGAAGACAGGAUUGUAAUUUCCCAUGACAUACACACUAAGAACCGACUGGUGAAGUAUGGCGGUCACGGCUACUCGCAUAUCCUCAAUAACAUCGUUCCUAAAAUGUUGUUAAGAGGAAUAUCCCAGGAAAGUAUAGACAAGAUACUACUGGGGAAUCCCAAAAGGUGGCUGACCUUUAAAUAA